AUGGCCGACCUCAGCAGAGUAGAGUCGAUGCAGUAUCCUGCGGGACAUCUCUCCCAUCUCACCGAGAACCAAGAAGCCCAGCUUCUCGAGUUCAAGAAAGUGUGCCAGGAAGCAGGCUAUUACACACCUGCAGCCGGGCCGGUGCGAGCCAGUCAUGACGACGAGACCAUGCUGCGCUAUCUGCGCGCGCGUCGUUUUGUUCCCCAAGAGGCCUUUAAGCAAUUCAAAGACACGGAAGACUGGCGGAAGGAGAACAAACUAAGCGAAAUCUUCAACACUAUCGAGGUCGAAGAGUAUGAGCAAACGCGACGCUUGUACCCGCAAUGGCUCGGCCGACGCGACAAACGCGGCAUUCCUCUCUUCCUUUUCGAGGUCGCACCGCUGAACUCGAAGAACAUCUCCACGUACGAGAAGCAACUCGCCAAGUCAAAGACGACUAUCCCCAAUGUCGCAACCAAGAACCUGCGCCUAUUCGCCCUGUAUGAAUCGCUCACAAGAUUCUACACACCUCUGUGUUCCAUGGUCCCUCGUAGCCACCCAGAAACGCCAAUCUCGCAAAGCAACAACAUCGUGGAUAUCAGUGGUGUUGGGCUGAAGCAGUUCUGGAAUCUGAAGGGCCACAUGCAAGAUGCUUCGGUUCUGGCCACAGCACACUACCCUGAGACCCUGGAUAGGAUAUUUAUCGUCGGAGCACCUGGCUUCUUUCCCACCGUCUGGGGCUGGGUCAAGCGUUGGUUUGAUCCCAUCACCGUCUCAAAGAUCUUCAUCCUCUCCCCGCAGAACGUCUACUCCACACUCUCUCAAUACAUCGACCAUGAAAACAUCCCGAAGAAGUACGGUGGCGGUCUCGAUUUCGAGUGGGGACAGCUGCCGAACCUUGAGCCAGCCAUCGAGGCGCAAAUGAAGUGGGAGAACCCAAAUACCCAGGACGGCCGCAAGACGUUCCCUAUUGGGCCGAUAAAGUGGGAGGAAGGCCAGAAUGGCGAAAUGGAAGCCUGGGGCGUCGGCAGCGAAGACGGAACACCACGAAGAAAACUAAUCUUCUCCAUUCCUAAGCCUGUAGGAUACAAGCAGGGAGAUCUGAUGCCGCCCACACCUGCGACUCAGAUCGGCGACCCUCUCACAACCGUAGGCACAGCGACUCAUCCCCCUGAUACGAACGAGCCUGAAAUCCACACCCCACCCUCAGACACCGAGUCGCGCCCGUCCACGACCGCAGUACCAAUUACUACAACUCUACCGAUUCGCGCUGGCACAUCAGAAGCACGGUACGAGCAACAGAACCAAACACACGCAUCUGGGCAGCUCGCAGACGGAACGCCCGAGGCAGCAGUGGUGGACCAUGGGCAUGGAGACAAGACAGUCACAAUGGAGCCCAACACGGUGGGUCAAGCACCGAAAGAGGUACCGCUCCCCGAUCGUGAAGAACCCGCCGCCCCAGGCUAUUUGGACCAAGCUAAACAAGCCGCUGUAUCAGCCUCCGCUGUAGUCACCUCGACUGCUACUUCUGCCGCUGAAGCCGUUGCCGGUGUAGUUGGUGGAAACAAGGGGGAAGAAAACAAGGUUGAAGAGCCUGAGAGGAUAAAGAGUCCACAGGAACAAGAGAUGGAUCGCCAGAUCGAUGCCACGAGUGCCAAGGACGUUGAGGCGUUUCUGAGGGCGCAGACGGCUAGUGGUGGACAUAAAGCCAGUUGA